AUGCCUCGUCGAUCCGGUGGUGGAAUGCGUUCGUCAUCUCCUUCUCGAGCUCCUCGUCCAGCUCCACCCCCACCUCGUGCUGUUGCACAUCCACCUCCAGCUGCACCAGCGAUGGCUCCACAAGGUCGUCAACCGGGUUUAUUCUCACAAAUGGCUGCUACAGCUGGUGGUGUUGCUAUUGGUUCAGCCGUUGGGCAUACAAUCGGUGCUGCAAUUAGUGGUGGAUCGCGUGGUCAUGAUGAACCGGUUGCUACUCAAGAAACAACUGGUUCAAAUGCUCAACAAUUAUAUCCAACACCAAAUGAACGAUAUACUACUGAACGAUGUAAUUUAUAUCAAAAAGAAUUUAUGAAAUGUCUUGACCAAGCUAAUGGUGAUUCAUCACAAUGUCAAGGCUUUUGGGAAGCAAUGAAAGAAUGUCAACGUUUUCAAGGCGCCAACGCAACAUUCUAA